AUCCGUCCCAGGAAAGUUCACCCAAAGUCUGGCCGCCGCCGCGCGCCGCCGGGGUGUCCGGCGGGGAAAGGGCGCAGGCGCGCGAGGGACAAAGGCUCUCCACUCCCCGACCCCGCUUCCCUGGGCCAGCUGCUCUUCCCGCUCCGCGACUGUCGCCUGGGGAGGAGGAGCAAGGGGAGGAGUGCGGCCGUGGGCUGGGAAAUGCUACGUGUCUCCCCAGCCCUUAUGCCUACCCCUUUCCCUCGCCGCCUUCCAGCUGCCGGCCAGUUCAGCGGGAGCGAGCCGCCGGGCACCUUUUUCCCUCCGUCCCUCCCUCGCUGCUGCUGGCUGCCUUCUGUCUCCCCUCCCUCUUCCACCGCUCGUGACCGUAGCCAAGGGAACCGCCGUCGCCGCCGGGCCGCGCGAGCUGCAACCAUGUCCGAGAUCAAGAAGCAACGGGUGAAUCUCCAAAGGUCUACCAAUGUGGUGUACCAAGCACAUCACGUUAGCAGAAACAAGAGAGGACAAGUUUUGGGCACAAAAGGUGGAUUUCGUGGCUGCACAGUAUGGCUUACAGGUCUUUCUGGUGCUGGUAAGACAACCAUUGGGUUUGCACUUGAGGAAUAUCUUGUGUCCCAUGGGAUCCCUUGCUACUCUCUUGAUGGUGACAACAUUCGUCACGGUCUCAACAAGAAUCUAGGUUUCUCUGCUGAUGACCGAGAAGAAAACAUCCGCCGUAUUGCUGAAGUUGCCAGACUAUUUGCUGAUGCUGGCUUAGUUUGCAUUACUAGUUUCAUUUCUCCUUUUGCAAAGGACCGUGAGAAUGCACGGAAGAUUCAUGAGACAGCUGGGCUUCCCUUCUUCGAAGUUUUUGUGGAUGCGCCUCUCAAUAUCUGUGAGAGUAGGGAUGUGAAAGGCCUGUACAAAAAAGCACGAGCUGGAGAAAUCAAAGGAUUCACUGGAAUUGAUUCAGAGUAUGAGAAACCAGAAGUGCCUGAACUUGUGCUGAAAACCAACAUUUUUUCAGUGACUGAAUGCAUCCAGACCAUUGUAGAGCUCUUGCAAGAACAGAGCAUUGUUCCUUCAACUGCAAUAAAAGAUGUUCUGGAGCUGUUUGUACCGGAAAAUAAAGUGGAACAAGCUUGGGCUGAAGCUGGUACUUUGCCUUCCGUAAACAUUACCAAGGUGGAUCUACAGUGGGUUCAAGUCCUAAGUGAAGGUUGGGCUACUCCACUGAAAGGGUUUAUGCGAGAGAAAGAAUAUUUGCAAGUUAUCCAUUUUGGCACCUUGCUCGAUGAUGGUGUUAUUAACCUGAGCGUACCGAUUGUACUUCCAAUAUCUGCUGAAGACAAGAAACAUCUGGAAGGAUGCAGCGCAUUCACCCUGGAGUACAAUGGGCGGAGGGUGGCAAUCCUUAACAAUCCAGAAUUUUUUGAACACAGGAAGGAAGAGCGUUGCGCACGUGUUUGGGGAACCACCUGCGCAAAGCAUCCUCAUGUAAAAAUGGUGAUGGAAAGUGGAGAUUGGCUUGCUGGUGGUGAUCUCCUUGUACUGGAGAGAAUAAAAUGGAAUGAUGGACUAGACCAAUACCGCUUGACUCCCUUGGAGCUGAGACAGAAGUUUACAGAGAUGAAUGCAGAUGCGGUGUUUGCUUUCCAACUGCGCAAUCCUGUGCACAACGGACAUGCUUUACUGAUGCAGGAUACUAAACGCCGGCUGCUAGAAAGGGGCUAUAAGCAUCCAGUGUUGCUCCUGCAUCCUCUUGGUGGAUGGACCAAGGAUGAUGAUGUGCCCCUGGACUGGCGCAUGAAGCAGCAUGCUGCAGUGCUAGAAGAACAUGUCUUGGAUCCCAAAUCUACUGUGGUUGCAAUUUUCCCUUCUCCCAUGUUAUAUGCUGGCCCAACAGAGGUCCAGUGGCACUGUAGGUCUCGAAUGAUUGCUGGUGCCAACUUCUACAUUGUGGGUCGAGAUCCAGCGGGUAUGCCUCAUCCGGAGACCAAGAAAGAUCUGUAUGAACCCACACAAGGUGGAAAGGUGCUUAGCAUGGCUCCAGGACUGACUUCUGUGGAAAUAAUUCCCUUCCGAGUAGCUGCAUAUAACGAAGUACAAAAAGCGAUGGUUUUCUAUGAUCCAGACAGGCACAAUGAAUUUGACUUCAUUUCCGGCACACGCAUGAGAAAGUUGGCUCGUGAAGGUGAAAAUCCCCCUGAUGGAUUCAUGGCACCGAAAGCAUGGAAGGUGUUGACAGAAUACUACACAUCACUGGGAAAAAAUAAUUAGUUCUGCUGUUUCCAUCAAAGUGCCUUUAUUUUAAAUAUGAGCUCUGUUAAUUGAUCCAUAUGCUAUGAUGUUUCAUCUAGUCGGCAAUUUUUUGGUUGCUGGGCAUUUUCUUCCAGGGCCAAACAAUGGUUCUGGGCCAGCUUUUCCAUUUUUAGAGUCUAAAUAGGCAAUUUCUUCUUAAUUUCAAAGGAAUUCCAUUAAUUUUUUUUUACUAUAUACAUCAAAAAACAAGAUCUAAAUAAUAAGAGUUCAAAGCCGUAUUCUUACAGGGAUUCAAAGCCAGCUUUACCAGCCUUUGCCAAAAAUGUUAUUGAAACUAUGCAACUAUGCAAAUGAUCACAUGCUCUAUUCUUUCUUGAUGCUAUAAAUUGACCACCUAGAAAGAAGUAGGGGAUAAACUAUGACUUUCCCAGUGUGGCUUUUUGGCCUCUACCCAACAUGACUUUUCAUUUCUUGUUGUGAUAAAGAGGGAGGAUAUCAAUUUUUAGAUGAUGAAGAAGAAGAAGAAGUAGUAGAAGAGUUGGCAUUGUGAAUAAUCAACAUUUCUUAACAAGAGAAUUCUAUGGCAGUUCUAUCUCAGAAACAGGUCACAAAGCUGUGCUGGUUCUAAGAAACUUCUGUAUGUAUAGCCUUAGUGGUCAGUCUGGCCAUGAUGUUUUGUUCCAAGAAGUGCACCUUUCCCACGCUUGACAUCAAGUUGCUUCAUGUCCUUGGCCAAAUUCUUUCAUGUAGGACAUCCACAAGAACUUCUCCCUCAACCUGUUGCCAAUAAUGUAAUGGCAGGCUAAAUAAUUGCUCUUUCACAGCUCUUCUCAGCCCUUCAAGGUAGACCAGACUAAGAAACCAAAGUCACGAGGGCCAAUAGUACUUUAAUUGUAAAGCUAUAGUAACAGAAAUCUUGCAAGCCUGAAUGUGUUCCCCCCUCCCCCACUUUAUCUUUGUGAGAACCAGAGAGGGUCUUGUCUGAGACUUUUCUCAGGUUGCAUUUCUGCCUCCCUCUUUUAUCUGACUGUUGUCUUGGUAGUGGCUCUCCCUCCUCUCCCUCAAGGCCAUUCCCUUUUCCCACUACAGCUCCCCAAGUCAGCAGCCUGCCAUGAUCACCUUAGCUUACCCAAUGUGAGUGGAGAAGCUUCCCUGACAGACAUGGACUCACUCUUAACCAUCUUCCAGGGGUAUCCGCAGAAAGUGGCAUCCAAAAAGUCAAGAUGGCAGUUACAACCUCGUGACUGAAACCCCACCCUUUUUUACUGAAUCAGUUUAUCCAAUGACCAGCUGGAAUUCUCUAGAUAAGCAAAUCAGGUGAAGGUGCCCUUACAGAGAAAAAAAUGGCUAACAAUUGGUUUAAAGGAGUGGUUCCUCCUAUAUUUCAGAUUACUACAGGGAGUCUUUGCUUAACAACCAUUCAUUUAAUGAUGGUUCAGACUUACGAUGAUGCUGAAGAAACCAACUUACAACUGGUCCUCACACUUACAACAGUCGCAACGUACCUCCCAGUGAAGUGAUCUCGAUUUGGGCGCUUGGCAACCAGUUCACAUUGGUGACAUCGCAGCAUCCCAUGGUCACACAUUUGCCAUUUUCAACUUUCCUGGCCAGCUUCUGGCAACCAAAAUCAAUGGGGAACUGUGUGAGUCACUUAACAACCACAUGCUUUGCUUAACGCCUGUGGUGAUUCGCUUAACAACCGCUGCAAAAAAGGUUGUAAACUCGGGUCAGAUUCACCUAGCAACCAAAAUUCUGGUCCUAAUUGUGGUCGUUAAGCGAGAACUAUCUGUAUUUGGCUGUUAAAGAUACCCUAGAUAACACCUGCAUUUCCUUCAAAUGAUUCAUGUACUCAAUUGCCUGAUAGCUUAGUACCUUUUUUAGCAUCCAGUCUUAUCAUCAUCUCAAAGAAGCUCUUAAAUCUGGGGAAAAAUUUCCAGAGGCACCAAAAGGCAACUUCAGUUACAGAGUGGAUACCUGGGGGAAGGGUGGAUGCAUGGGCAGAGCACGGCCCCCUUUUCCCUAGGAUGGCCUUUUGCAUUUUAUAUCUUGAAUUGUUGUGAUUCCUGUAUUUUUAAUCCAUUUCUUCUUGAUUAGGAGCAAAUAAGCACCAAUAUAAUCAUGAUGAAUGAAUCCUAACUUGUGGGCUUUGUUCCAGAAUCUGCUCAUGGGGCAGAAAACAUGUUUUAGUUGUAUUUUUUUUCCCUAGAUAACUGGUUAAGAGUUAACAGGCACAUUUCUUUUGCAUCUUAAUGCUUCAGACAUGAAUGCUAUAUGCAGCUUAGCUUUGCAUACUCUUCUGAUAUGUUAUUGCUUUUUUAAAAAAUGCCAAAAUCUACAAUCGGCUCCUUUUGCUAUUGUGCUGCGACACUUAGUGUGGUGUGUAGUGGCAAGGAGAGUAAGAUACAAACCAGAAUAGUUCCAUCAUGAAAACCUCUAAGUGGGAAGCCACAGUGCACUUUGCUGCAGCUCCAACACACUGACUUGCCUACCUCUCAAGCUUGUCGUAAGGAUAAUCUGCGUGAGGAGCUUUGAGUAGUCCAAGGACUUUACAUAAGCUCUUAUUUUUCCACCACCUUAGAUGGCCCUGCUUUUGGGCAUAUUCCUGGUGCUGUACCAAAUUUGGCUGCUGUUGGCUCUGAAAUCCAUGUCCAAAAUCAAGGGCUAUUUAAAACUCUCCUAGAAUAAAACAGGCUGAUCUCUGCUGUGUAUAACCUACCAGGCAUGUCUAGCCGCUACCUGUAUUUUCACAACUGGGGAAUUGCUGCAUUAAAUGUCUUCAAUGUAUUACUUAUUUUUGUACGUUUUAUAAAGUACAUCUUUAUAAAUUGUGAAAUUGUGAAACACAGUUCAAGGUGCUCUCUAUAAAACUUGGAAUCAGUCAUCAAGCCAAGGAGAUUAAUUAUUAACAAUAGAACUGGAAAGAAUAAAAACUAUGCAAUUUAAAAUAUAUUAAUUGGAAAGCCACAUACGCUCUGGAUCUUUUAUCUGCCUGUCUGCCCAUCCAUCCACCCAUCCUCCUUUUGUGUAUAACUUAGUCUUGGAAUUUCUUCCCACUGCCGCUCCUCCGGGAUGGAAAACUGAUUCAGAUCAUGGAUUAUAGAGCCUAGAUUGGAUUGUGGUCAUAAUUUGGGCAUUUACAUCAGCUACAAACAUGCCAAGUUCCUUUUAAAAUUUGGAUUUUUCACCACUCUUGUCCAGAAAUAGACAAGAUGGUAAGUUGUUUUACUUAUCUUUAUGUAGCAAUUAUGCAACAGUCAUUUUUAUAGAAAAAAUACAUAUAUGAAAAUAUUUUUUAAAACACUUCCAGCAUUUAGCACUUUUUGAAUCUUUGGGACCAAGAGAAUAAAACGGGUUUCCUUUAUUUUUUCUCUCAGUUGAAUGCAGUUGGUAAGCAAUACCCAUCCUGUAAAUUGCACUGGACAGAAUGCAAAUAGCCAGCAUCAUUGCCAGAUGUUUCCAACAUAGCUGGCUCAUCUGCAUUGGCAAGAGUGCCUUUUAUAUCCAAGACCUCUGGAAGAGUUCUUGCCAUUGCAAUCUAAAUGUUUAUAGUGCCAAUGUACUUUUUCCCACGUUUUUAACCUCAUAGAAGUAUAGAAUCCAAAUAUAUGUUGUACGGUGCCUUUACCUCCUUUUACAAAAAUAUAUAUUUUAUAGCAUAUUUAUUACAGACCCGAAACCGACAUAUAUGCCUUUACUGUUGCAUCUCUUGAUGAAAAUAUCUUGUUUGGCCUUCUAUUGCUAAAAGUCAUUUUUGGUGACAAUAAAUAUUUCACUGUUUAAA